AUGCCCACUGUGUUAUUGACAAUUGUUGAAAUGGUUGCUAUAUUUCAACAUCGAUCAAUUUGUUUGUUGAGUCAUGAGGGUGAUGCUGCGAUGGCAGAACUGAAAAUGUUUGACUUUAAUUCCAUUAGCCGAGAUGUCAAUCAAAUGUUGAGUAUUGAAGGAUUUGAUGGUGUGGGGUAUUUUGGCCAGAGGUGCUGCAGUACUAUUCCGCUAAUUUGCAGUUUAGCUCGUGUUGUGGGCGGUGGAUCACAAAAUGCUAACGAGGCCUACCAUUCGUUAUUAUGGACUAUGGUUCCAAAACACCGCUAUUGUUCAUCAACCACGCUUCGUAUUGGAUUGGGAUUAUCUACUAUUAUUUAUAACGAAGGAUACGAAGUAUUGAAUAAAAUAUUUAAAAGCAUAUUCUUGUCUGUGGGCUAUUAUUUCACUGAAUGUCUUCGCAGACUUGAUGUCUUAAGAAAUUCUCGUACUUCGAAAACUAAAAACAAGCAUUCACAACGUGCAAAAGCAACAACAACUGUUGCCGCAAGCACUGCUUCAACUGAAACUGAUAAUGAAAUUACAUAUGCCCUAAACGAAGAAAACUUGGAUUUCAGUGUAAACGAUAUUGCAUUGGAACUCGAUGGUAUUGUGUUAGAACAAUCGGAUGAUGAUAUUACUGAUACAUAUGAAGCAGGUGGUGAUGAUUAA